AGCGAGCGCGGCGGCGAGCAUGUGCCGCGGAGCCCAGUAACCAGGGACGACCGCGGCCACAGCGGCCGGCCCAGCGCAGCUCCGCGCCCGCGGCGCCCGGACCGCCCGGGCCUCUGCCGAGCUGCCGCCCCGCGCCCCGGGAGCCCCGGCGCCGCCGAUCGCGCAGCGCAGCCGCCCGAGCCCCGCGCGCCGGGCCGCACCGGCGCAGCGCAGACAAAGGCGCGGCUCGGCCCGGCCCGGCCUGGCCCAGCCCGGCCCGGCCCGGCCCGCGGGCCUCCGCGCGCCCUGCCCCGGCCCGCGGCGGGCCGGCCGCUCCGGCUCGGCGCCCCUACCGGCUCCGGCCCGGGGGGCGGGGGCCGCGGCCGCCGAGGAUGGGGAAAUCCAACAGCAAGUUGAAGCCUGAAGUUGUGGAGGAGCUGACCAGGAAAACCUACUUUACGGAGAAGGAGGUGCAACAGUGGUAUAAAGGCUUCAUCAAAGAUUGCCCCAGUGGGCAGCUGGAUGCUGCCGGCUUCCAGAAGAUCUACAAGCAGUUCUUCCCCUUUGGGGACCCCACCAAGUUUGCCACGUUUGUCUUCAACGUCUUUGAUGAGAACAAGGAUGGGCGGAUCGAGUUCUCCGAGUUCAUCCAGGCGCUGUCGGUGACCUCAAGGGGGACCCUGGAUGAGAAGCUGCGUUGGGCUUUCAAGCUGUAUGACUUGGACAACGAUGGCUACAUCACCAGGAAUGAGAUGUUGGACAUCGUGGAUGCCAUUUACCAGAUGGUGGGGAACACUGUGGAGCUCCCUGAAGAGGAGAACACACCCGAGAAGAGGGUGGACCGGAUCUUCGCCAUGAUGGACAAGAACGCCGACGGGAAGCUGACGCUGCAGGAGUUCCAGGAAGGGUCCAAGGCAGACCCCUCCAUUGUGCAGGCGCUGUCGCUCUAUGAUGGGCUAGUAUAGUCCAGGGCCUGGAGCUGUGAUGUCUGGGAACCACACGCCUCCUUUGUGCCCUGAGGCUGCCUCUGCCCCAACACCCCUGAGCUGCCCAGCCUCCCUCGGCCUCCUCACACAGCUCGCUGCCCUUGAUACGGGAGGCCCUGACUCCCCCACUUCAGCCCCGAACCCACCCACUGCCACCUGAAGCCACCACUGGCUCCCGGCUCCUGGUCAGUCGCCAACAGUCUCUGCUUGUCUGGAAGACAACAACACGAAUCAAACCAGCCCCAGUCCUCACCCCGGCUGCGGCUCCGCCCGCUCUCCCUUGUGCACCUGCUUCUGUUGUGUCUCAAACAGACUCUGGGAAAGGGCAGGCUCCACCCUAAAUGGGAGAGGAUGCUGAGCCGACCCCCAGCUGGGGAGACGGCUUGGAACCUCCACCCAGCAGCCU